AUGGUUGCAGCACUAAAUCACCUAUUUUAUGGGAAUAUUUAUAAUGCUAUGCUUUCGCAAAGUCAAAAUAUCAAUAUAAAUAUGAUACAAAUGAAAUGCAUUGAGAAGAAUAUAUCUUUUAUUCUGGAUCUAAUAAAUAAAAUGUCUUUGAAUAACAACACCAAUCAAAUCAGCAGCAAACAAAAAAAAGUAUACAGAUAAUUAAAAAUAAAAAUUAAUUAGCAAGUUUAAAAAUUUUAAAGACUCAGUAUUUAAACGCCGAUUUCAUAAUCAUCAUUUAAUUUGAAUAAUUGCAUCGAAUAAUUUCAUUAGAAUCUCUUGCAAGAAAGAGUUCCUUAGAAUCAUAUCGAAAAAUUACUAGUUUUUAAGUAGGUUCUAUCUUUUGUUGAGAAACGUUGCUUCAUAAUGUAAUAUCAAAUAAAUAGCUCGUUAAUCGAAAUUCAGCAACGCUUUAAUGAAAUAAAAAUUAAUCUUUGA